AUGAAUGAUGACCUGGACUGUGCUCAGGUGAAGCUGGUGAUGGGCUUCCAAGAGGUGGUGGCCGGCAGUGCGGAGGGAGAGGGCUCAGCCGAGGAGCACCCAGCGGGAGAGGACAGUUCCGAAAACAGCUCCAGCAGUAGCUCAGAAGAGGAGUCAGAUGCGGAGGAGUCGGAUGGAAGAAGGUCGGAUGAAGAACAAGAGGAGAAGGAAACGCUACCGCACUGCAAUGAAUCAGGUAGAGUGAACUGUCUGCCACCCUGCAAGCAUUGCAGAAAUGAAAACGACCAGAAGGAGCAACUGACCCCCAGGAGACUUUCUGGAGGACAACAUGUGGUGCAGCUGGACGCAGAGGGGACUUACCAGUGCAGCCUCACGGGCUUGAUUUUUGAGGUAACGGGGGCCGUCAAAAUCACAUAUUCCCUCUUAUCCUGGAGCAAAUACGCCAACCUCGUGGAAAAGCCGUGGAUUGUGGGCGGCCCCCUCUUCGACGUGCGCUGUGACUCAGCCCCUGCUCUCACCUCCAUCCAGUUUCCCCACUCCCUCUGCCUCGGCGGUCAUGGCGCUGGCAUGGCCUUCAAGGUUUUGCACAUCAAAGGCGAGAGUGCAGCCAUCGAGCCCUCUGCUGACUACUCGGCCUCGCAUGUGAAGUGGCUGGUGAGCUCGCUCUCGCCGGUGGGACCACUCAUCCAGAGCCAGGAGCCGGUGCAGUACCACGGCGCCGUCAUCCUCUACAAAGUCGUUGACGAGCAUCCCUCCUUAUCCUUUCGGGUCUAUGUGGCUACAAACAACGACUCCUUUAUAAAGGAUAUCUCAAGAGCCGUAAAACAUUCAAAUAAGAAAUUCAUUAAAAUUGACAAGCCCCCUGUAUGCCAGAAAUUACUACAGAAAGGAAAGAGGUAUAGAUUAGUUUGUGAGCCAGAAGCUGAAAUAACUCCAGAGGAAAUUGAAUUUGUUGAUGGAUCUCUUUUGAAACUAAAAAGUUACAUUGAAGUCUAUUUGGAGAAACCCGACGACUUCACCUUGUCUUUGCUUGGUUUUGUGCCCGAGAACAACUGUUGGAAGAGCAUAGCAAUGGGAAUUCCUACCUCACCUUUUGUUUCCUCUGAAAACUGUUUACCAGGUGACUGGAUACAUUACGAUCAGAACAAAAACGAGCAGAAAAGAAGCGCAGUCAGUGUCAAAAAACGGAAACCAGCCAUCAGCAUUUUGGAAGAAGACGAGCUCUGUAGCAAAAAGCAAAAGACCGGCAAUACUGCAGAUGGAAUCACAAAAAAAAUCUUAACGGAUCAACAGCUGAUGGUGAUCGCAAAGUUGUUUGGUAGGCAGUGGAGAGAAAUUGCCAUUGAGUGUCUUCAGAUGGAAAUGAAAGACAUUGAGCAGAUUCAGGCAACGGAAGAAGAAGUUAACAUGCAAAAAUUUCUGGUGUUAAGCAAGUGGAGAGACAGAGAGCAAAGCAACGGAACUGCAGAAGCUUUGUACAGAAGUCUCUGUGAAAAAGCGUCCUAUGAGAUACUGCAAGCCCUACAAGGGAAAGACAGGGAGAAAAGUUAUGCAGAAACUUUUGUCCCCUUAAGAAAAAUACUGAACUGCCAAAAUCAUGAGAGCUGGUGUGGUGUGCGGGUAACCCCAACGCUUGGGGAAGAGGAUGAGGAUGGCAGCUGUCCCCUCGGCAUCUGGAAGAGCAGGGAGUCCCACCAGCCCCUCGGCAUCAAAAGAGGCUACUUGGGGGUCCCCAAAGAGAUGGGAGGGCAGAGCUUGGAGAAACCAAGCAAGGGGAGAGAGCUGAAGAACAAGGUGCUGAUGGGGUGA